AUGGCUUCAACAGACUCUCUCAAGCUGGGUGACUACCUCUUUACCCGGCUGCGCCAGCUAGGCGUCAAUUCCAUCUUCGGCGUCCCCGGCGACUACAACCUGCGCCUGCUGGACUACGUCGUACCUUCUGGCCUGCACUGGGUAGGUAACUGCAACGAGCUCAACGCCGCAUACGCCGCUGAUGGAUAUGCCCGCCUCAACGGGCUGUCUGCGCUGGUGACGACCUUUGGAGUCGGCGAGCUGUCGGCGGCCAACGGCAUCGCCGGCGCAUACGCCGAGAGGUCGGCCGUUGUUCACAUCGUCGGGACGCCACCCCGGGCACUGCAGAGCUCGCGCGCGUUGAUGCACCACACCUUCUCGGACGGUGAGUACCGCCGUUUUGCGGCCAUGUCGACGCAUAUCACGGCUGCCCAGACGAAUGUAAUGGACUCGGUAACGGCACCAGACCAGAUCGACUGGAUCUUGCAACAGGCACUGAUCCACUGCAGGCCGGUGUAUCUGGAGAUCCCUGAUGAUAUGGGCGAUGUGCUGGUAUCGGCAGCAAACCUAAAGACGGCACUUCGUGUCCCAUCGGUACCGAGUGCCCCCCAUGAACCGAAGGUCGUCGCCCGUAUUUUGGAGCGGGUGUAUGGCGCCAAGAAGCCGGUGAUCUUUGUGGAUGGCGAGAGCAGAGCUCUGGGCAUCUUGGACCAACUCGAUGCUCUCAUCAAGGCUACAGGUUGGCCUACAUGGACUACUGUCUAUGGCAAGGGCCUCGUGAAUGAACAACUCCCCAAUGUCUAUGGCCUGUACGCCGCGGGAUUCGGCGAUCAGCCCGCAAAGGAAUACUUCGAGUCGGCAGAUCUAGUCUUGACCUUUGGCCCGCACUACAGCGAUACCAACAGCUACUUCUACACGACCGUCCCCAAAUCUGCUGCAGCGAUCUCGUUCAAGGACAGCACAAUACAAAUCGAAAAUGACAUCUUCCGGGACCUGUCGGCUAGCGACGUCCUCGCCCAGCUGCUGCAGACUCUUGACUCCACCCGCCUGGUCAAAGCCACCGGCCCUCCCAAGGUCGAGAUAACGACCUCCGACAUCCAGGGCUCUGACAUCAUCGCCCAGAACAACUUCUACCGCCUCUUGAACCCGCUCUUCCGCGAGGGCGAUAUCAUCCUCACCGAGACCGGCACCGCCUCCUACGGCGGCCGCUCCUUCAAACUGCCCCCCAACUCCCGGCUCUUCGGAGCCGUCACCUGGCUCUCAAUCGGAUUCAUGCUCCCUGCCACCCUAGGCGCCGCCCUCGCAAAGAGGGAGCUCAACAAGGCCACCGGCGGCAAGAACCAGACGGUGCUGAUCAUCGGCGACGGCAGCAUCCAGAUGACGGCGCAGGAAAUCAGCGUGAUGAUCAAGGAAAAGCUGGAUAUUCUCAUUUUCAUCAUCAACAAUGAAGGGUACACCAUCGAGCGGGUGAUUCACGGCCGAAACCAGGCGUACAAUGACGUCCCCUUCUGGCGGCACACGCAGGCACUGACCUAUUUCGGCGCGGAUGAGGAGCAUAUUAAGAAUAGUACUUUCCAAGCGUGGACAUGCGGAGAGUUGCAGGAAGUGCUGAAGAAUGAACAGGUACACAGUGGUAGCGGAGUGCGAAUUGUCGAGGUCUUCAUGGAGCGGGAGGAUGUACAGGGCCCGCUGCUGUACCUGCUCAACAAGCAAAUUGCGGAGGAAAAGGAGCAGGAGCAGCCGGGGCAAUGA